AAAAUUACGGACAGUCUUGAGGCACCCUUUACAAUUACGGACAGUCUUGAGGCACCCUUUAAAAUUAUGGACAGUCUUGAGGCACCCUUUAAAAUUAUGGACAGUCUUGAGGCACCCUUUAAAAUUAUGGACAGUCUUGAGGCGCCCUUUAAAAUUAUGGACAGUCUUGAGGCACCCUUUAAAAUUACGGACAGUCCUGAGGCACCCUUUAAAAUUACGGACAGUCCAGAGGCACACUUUAAAAUUAUGGACAGUCUUGAGGCACCCUUUAAAAUUAUGGAUAGUCUUGAGGCACCCUUUAAAAUUACGGACAGUCUUGAGGCGCCCUUUAAAAUUAUGGACAGUCUUGAGGCACCCUUUAAAAUUACGGACAGUCCUGAGGCACCCUUUAAAAUUACGGACAGUCUUGAGGCACCCUUUAAAAUUGCGGACAGUCCAGAGGCACACUUUAAAAUUAUGGACAGUCUUGAGGCACCCUUUAAAAUUAUGGACAGUCCUGAGGCACCCUUUAAAAUUAUGGACAGUCCUGAGGCACCCUUUAAAAUUAUGGACAGUCUUGAGGCACCCUUUAAAAUUAUGGACAGUCUUGAGGCACCCUUUAAAAUUACGGACAGUCUUGAGGCACCCUUUAAAAUUACGGACAGUCUUGAGGCACCCUUUAAAAUUACGGACAGUCCCGAGGCACCCUUUAAAAUUAUGGACAGUCCCAAGGCACCCUUUAAAAUUAUGGACAGUCUUGAGCACCCUUUAAAAUUAUGAACAGUCUUGAGGCACCCCAUUCCAAAAU